AUGGUGAUCGAGGAGGAGGGAACUAAACGAUACUUCACCAGAGGUCGACUGACCAGAGGCCGGGGCUUGAGAAACACAACUGGAUGCGCAACCUGCCGUCGCCGCCACGUCAAGUGCGACGAGAAAAAGCCUACUUGCGGAGGUUGUGAAAGGACCAAACACAUCUGUAUCUAUGCGCCACGGCGACCACCAAACAGAAAACGCACUGGCAGCCCCGGGGAUGUGGCUCAUACUCAACAUGAGAGCGAUGCAGCACAACAAGAGUCUUCUUUGCCUCCGCGAUCAGUCAGCCCCGAGCAGCAAUCCCCAGAGCCCCAAGAAACACCUCCGGCAGUCAACCAUGAGGAGAGUAUUUCCGCACCCGUAGUAUCGUGGGAUGAACAGCCGCAACUGAACAUACCUAAUACGACGCCGGACGCCGGCCUUAGUGCUGGAGCCCAGGAUGAGACAUCACCAGAUUUUCACGUCAAUGAAACACCCAAUGUUCAGGCUGGUGGUCCGGAGCAUCUUCCAGAGACAAGAUGCACGGGUAUUACGCCUCACAAUUCAGCUACAACAAGCAGCUCUUAUGGGGCGAAUUUGGAAAACGCAACGGCAGUAUGGGUUGACCUACUUCUUCAAGAUGCUGCCAUGCAAGAGUUCGACUUUACAAGCUUCAACGUGGAUCAAGAAAGUGUCGAUAUUUUUGGAAGUUCCGUUGUGCAGUCACCAGCAUUUGAGAAGCAGAACUGGUACUCGACAAGCCCAAUACACAUCUCUUCUCAUGAGCAUGUGAUUUUCCAGAACUUUGUGAGGCACAUCAGCAUGUGGUAG